AUGUCCGCGGCGGUCGCCGCGUCUGCAACUCCUGAGCCACGGCCCAAGAGACCUGGUGGCAGUGACUCGGAGCAGCUCGCGGGCGUUGACGACUCAGACUCAGGCUCCCGUCCUGAAGACCGCCCCGGCGACCCAGGCGAUGCCGGCAACCAAAAGACCAACAAGGCCUUUCGACCGACGGCGUCGAUUGACUGGGCCGAGCCGUCGGUUGUGGUCACCACUGACAGUAACGGGGCCAUCACGACCAAGACGCUGACGCCGGCGCCCGUAUCGGCAACUCUGGUCCGUGUUCUCACGGACGAGCGGGGCAGGCCGACCCGGACUGAGCGUACAACCAUGGCUCUGCCACCCAGGACAUUAACGUUAACCAACGCCGCCGGCAGGCCCACAGCGACGGUGACGCGGUACCCCCAGCCCGCAAAGCCUAGCGCCGAGGCCAGCGCCAACGGAAACCCGGUCGGGAUCAAGAGCUACUAUCUCAGCAAGCCUGCCCAUCUGGCUGCGCUUUUCCUUCCUGUGCUCCUUGCCGUCAUCUCUCUCGCGGCGGCGCGCAUGGUGGAGUCGAGCGCACGGCACAUGCACCCCUACCACCGUCUCACUCACCCCUCGGGAGCGCCCGCCAUGGACUCUAUCUGCAUGCGCGCCGGCGUCUUCCACAGCGUCCCCUCUGCCAUCCGCUCCCUGGCGCCCGAGGGAGGGGUGCUGCGGUACCCGCCAGUACUCUUCCUGUCCAAGCUCCUACUACUGGUCGCGGCCGUGCUGGUGCCGUUCUGGCCCGAGGCGUUUGGCAUCCGGCAGAACGAGGAACUCUGCGUGCCCGAGGUCCGGCCGUGCGCAGCCACCCUUGUCGUAUCGCCCCCCAAUGCGCGGGCCGCUAUAGGCAUCCUCAGCCUCAUGGCCCUCAUCUCCCUGGUCGUGCUCGUCAGCAUGCUCAGGUGGCGGACCGGCGUGGCGUCCAACCCAUGGAGCAUCAUCGGCACAGCGGCCCUGGCCGGAAACCCAGAGAUCAGGUCGCUCCUGCUGUCACUGCCCACGACGGGCAACAGCAGAGCCGAGGCGAUGGUGGGGAAGACGGAAGGCGAGUCAACGGCGGCCAUGGCGGCGGCCAGGGUUAAGGGUAGGAUCACGCACGAGCAGCUACUCCGCGCGGUGGGCAGCCGGCGGUUCCGCCUCGGGGUCUACUCGGUUGACGGCAGCGAGACGACCGACUACGGCGUCACCAUCUGCAGCGGCGCCGAGGGCAUGUCGCUGCAGGGCAACAACGAGGAAGACGACAGGGAGGGGCUCGCGGGCGCUGGCAGCGGACGGAGCGACGAGCACGACUAUUACGGUUACGGUGGUGUCGACUACAGGCAGCAACAGCAGCAGCAGGGAAACUUGGAGUCGGCGCCGCUCACGCGGCAGCGGGAGCACUACCUGCCCUUCAUGAUGCUGUCCAACGCGCCGCGGCUGGGUUUUGUGGCGCUGGCGUGCGGGCUCCUGGUGGUGGUGCUGUACUAUGUCAGCUGGACGUCCAACUCUUCGUUUGAGCGCUUCAUGGGCCAGCAGGGCUACGCGGCGCGCGUCGUCUUCACCCUCAUCGGGCUCGCCAUCUCCUUCUGGUGGGGCUCCUUCUUCUCCAACGUGUCGCUCGCCAGCCCCUACCUCCUCCUCUCGCAGCGCGGGCAGCCGGCCGGCCGCACCGUGCUGCUGGCGCCGUCGAGCAACCCGGCCUCGGGCCUGUGGCGCGCCCUGCGCGCCCGCCAGCUCUUCCUCGCCUCCGUCUCGCUCGCCGCCCUGGCCGCCGAGGCCAUGCCGGUGCUGCUGCACAUGGUGCCCGCGCGCCUGCACAAGUCGCACCCGGCCCACGCCGCCUGCGCCUGGGUCGCCGUCGCCCUGCUCUUCUGCAUGGUCGCCGUCGUCGUCGCCAGCUUCUUCGUCGCCUGGCCCUCGAUGCCGGCCGACCCCAGCUCCGCCGCGGGGGCCAUGGUCUACGUCUGCGACUCGUCGGGCGUCGCCUGGGCGGCCGCCGGCUCCGCCCUGCUGCCCGCGCGCGACCGCGACCGCGUCGUCGAGCAGCUCGCGCUGCUGUACGAGUUUGGGCCCAUGGAGGGCGCGUCGGGCGCCAUGCGCAUCGGCGUUGAUGCCGAUGAGACGUCGGGCGCGUCCGACGUCGGUAUUGCCGUAUAA